CAAUCACCCAAUACUGCAUCCGUUUAGCUCUUCUGACUUUGACCCGAACGCUUCCGUCAAAUGGGUAGCCUUGGGUCAUCCCCGCCAGUUGAUACGUUCCAACUGUAUGAUCUCCGUGUCGAGGUCAUAUGUCCGCCAGGGGAACGUAUACUAUGUGGAGCGAAAGAGGGCGACCAUUUUGUUCUCGAAGGAGAAAUGCUUCAUCUCCCUCCUGGACAAGCAUUCUCCAUUUACUCACUCAGCGCAGUUUUGCCGCUUCUAGCAGCUAAGCAGCGUGUCACCCAUCCAAAUGAUUGGAUGAGCACAGAUGCUGAGGUUGCUUGUCCCGACCCAAAUUGCAAGUCUAGGUUGAGAAUCUCGAGGACUGGAGUUAGGACAUUCAGCCAUGCUGAAGUUACAGUUCUUCCCCUUGUGCCCCAGGGUUAUGGUCAGGCUAGCACUGACUCAGCACUAGCGGUGGCCUGAUGAAGAGAUGAAGAAGUUCAGGAAACGGCUGGAUCGCAGCGCCCCGGUUCUUUGCAGGCUCAUCAGUGAUCAGAGUUGGCUGUGGGCCCUUUGCAAGUAGUUGAUAUACGUCGGAUAUGGAUGCAUUGAAUAUUUGGACUGCUACUGUGCCUAUUAUGUAGUAGAGGAGAUUGACCAAGUAGCCAAGUUCUGUGUCUUCAUGACAGUACUAGUGAAGCACAAACAUGCCUCGAGGCUCCUAGAAAUUGCUUCGAACUUAUGUAAUUUUGGGGCAGUACACCGAGUCUGUUUAUUAGCCAAACGCGUGCUUAUUAUAAA